AUGGACAAACUCUCCCCUUACCACACUCUGCUUUUCUACACCAUAGACACAGAUUCCGACGGCAAAGUUUCCCCUCACGAUCUCUUCACCCGCCUCCCUGCUCUCACUGGGCUGGAUCUGACCGAAGCGGAGGCCGCCUCGGCUGUGGCUGCCUACGAUUCCGAUGGCGACGGGCUUCUGGGGAUGGAGGAGUUUGGGAGGUUGGUGAAGGGGGUUGAUGAUAAUGAUGAUGAUGAUCGAGAGGUGAGGGAGGCUUUUCAGAUGUAUGAAAUGGAAGGAUUGGGGGUGAUUACUCCGGUGAGCUUGCGGCGGAUGCUUAGCCGUCUUGGGGAAUCGAGGAGUGUUGGGGAUUGUAAGAGAAUGAUCGCUAAAUUUGAUUUGGAUGGCGAUGGAGUUUUGUGUUUUGAUGAAUUUAGGGGUAUGAUGCUGCUUUGAAUUUCUCAAACCUAAUUUCUAUGUGUUUGGGAGAAAAAACGGCAUUUUUAUUUUUACAGUAAUUUCAUUCAUUUCUUUCUUUCUUCUUAGAAAUAGUAAUUUUCAUUGUUUGCUAAUGGAUUGUAUUAGUUAGGAACUACAACAUUUAUUGAGUGUGAGGAUUUGAAUUAGAUGUAUAUAAUCAACUUCACAAGUUUACUCACCUA